UUGGAGAAGAGGUAGUUGGUAUAACGUGCGGAAACGGCGCUGCCACAUCUCCCCUUCUCCAGAAGGAAAUGCAAGUAUGCAACGACCGUUCCUGCUCGUCCAAACGGCUUUCUUCAGCACUCGGUCGCUGUCUUCCUCCCCUCACUCCGCUUUAUAAACCGAUCGAGUGGCCAUCUAGCUCCAUGCUAUCGACAAGGCAGAUUGAACAACCAUGUUUGAGCUUCUCCUACUCUUCAUCCCCAUUCUUCUCUCUUGCUUCUUCCUCUUCUAUUACAAGCCGACGCCUCGAGGCGGCGGCGCCAGACAGCUCCCUCCCGGACCCCGCGGGUGGCCGGUUCUCGGCAACUUGCCCCAGCUCGGCGCCAAGCCGCACCGCACCCUCCAUGCUCUGUCCAAGAUCUACGGUCCUCUGUUUCGCCUCCGCUUUGGCGUCAGCGAAGUCGUAGUGGCCGCAUCCGCCGACGUCGCCUCGCAGUUCCUACGUGUGCAUGACGCCAACUUCAGUGACCGCCCGCCCAACUCCGGCGCCGAGCACGUGGCCUAUAACUACCAGGACCUCGUCUUCGCGCCCUACGGCCAGCGGUGGCGCUACCUCCGUAAGCUCUGUUCCGUCCACCUUUUUAGCGCUAAGGCUCUCGGCGACCUCCGGUGGGUUCGCGAGGGUGAGGUGGGGCUCCUGGUGCGCGCGCUCGUCCACGGAAGGACGGAGGUCAACGUUGGGAAGGCUGUGAACGUGUGCGCGACCAACGCGCUGGCGCGGGCCAUGCUGGGGCGGCGGGUGUUCGAGGAGGAGGGCGCGGAGUCGGGCGAGUUCAAAGAGAUGGUGGUGGAGCUGAUGAGGCUAGCCGGGGAGUUCAACGUCGGUGACUUCGUGCCGUGGCUGAGGUGGCUCGACCCUCAGGGCGUGGUGGCACAGAUGAAGCGGCUGCACCGCAGGUAUGACGAGAUGCUUGACGGGAUCAUGGUGGAGCACCGCCGUGGGGAGGUGGCCGCCGGCAGAGGAGAAGGAGAACGGAGGGACUUGUUGAGCGUUCUGAUAGCUCUGAAGGAGAAAGGGGACGACGAAGGCGAGGGCGGCAAGCUUACCGACACCAACAUCAAGGCCUUGCUACUGAAUUUAUUCACGGCCGGAACGGACACCUCGUCGAGCACGGUGGAGUGGGCGCUAGCGGAGCUGAUCCGGCACCCGGCCUGGCUCCGGCGAUUGCAGGCGGAGCUGGAUGCGGCGGUGGGCAAAGCGCGGCUGGUGCAGGAGGCGGACCUGCCGAAUCUUACCCUGCUGCAGGCGGUGGUGAAGGAGACGUUCCGGCUGCACCCGUCGACGCCGCUCUCUCUCCCGCGGGUGGCGGCGGAGGCGUGCGAGGUGGGGGGCUUCUGCGUGCCCAAGGGCGCGACGCUGCUGGUGAACGUGUGGGCCAUCACUCACGAUCCCGCGUCGUGGGGCCCUCUGGCGGCGGAGUUCCAACCGGACCGGUUCCUCCCCGGCGGCAAGCACGAGCGGGUCGACCUCAAGGGGAACGACUUCGAGCUGAUCCCGUUCGGCGCCGGGCGGCGGAUCUGCGCCGGCAUGAGUCUGGGGAUACGCAUGGUGCAGCUGAUGACGGCGACGUUGGUGCACGCCUUCGACUGGGCUCUGCCGGAGGGGCAGACGCCGGAGAAGCUGGACAUGGAGGAGGCCUACGGGCUGACGCUGCAGCGGGCGGUGCCGUUGAUGGCCCACCCAGUGCCCCGGCUCGUUGCCGAAGCCUACGACAGCAUUACACCUAAUUAAAACCUAACAAGGCUCUCAGUCAAGCUACAAGUAGUCUCUCUCACACGCAGAACGAUCGGACACAAAUCUUAUGUGAUAGGGAAGAAAGUCGAUUCGGUCGUGUCAGGGUGUAAGUAAUAUGGGCUCGGUCUAAAUUUGCUGAAAGGCAAUAUCUACAUCAACUCUUUUUAUUUUGAUUUUCA